AGAAUCAGCUUGUUUAUUUCCUAUAUGUUUCUUUACAGAUGGAGAACUACAGAGGAGAAGGUGAUUUAAACGACAUAGUUCGGGCAAGUGGUGGUGAUCCGUUGAGCUGCACCACUGGUCAAGGCUCCGACACGUUUCCUACUUCAAGCUGGCAGCAAUUCCCCUCCGAAUCCGAUCCAUUGAACUUUCAAUCUUCAGCCACGGAAGGUCAUGUUUUAAACGCUUUCGGUGACCCUUUCUCCAGUAUCAGAGAUCCACUUCUUCAUGAGCUUAGUUCGACAUACUUUAAGAGCCCUAAUUCGGCUUAUCAUCAUAAUCGUAAAAUCAAUACCAGCUGCUCCCCCAUCGUUGAAGAUACGUCGAGCUUUCCCGGUUCAGCGACAAUCGUGGGUCAAAGUAAGAUGUUUGAAGAAGAUACGCGGAGUCCUUGCAACAUAUUUCCUCGGAUUCAGAUCUCCCCGAUAAGCUUAAGUAAGCUACCUGUAUCGCCCUGUGAUUCGCCGAUUAUGGCUGCUACUGGUGUUUCCCCGAGGGGAAUUAAGGUGCCUGCUGUGCUCCCAAGCGACAUGAUUAGUGCAAAAACCACCUCGAAAAGUUGCUUAAUUGAUAAUACUGGCCCAGUGCAGAUCUCUUCUCCGCGGAAUCUGGGUAUCAAGAGAAGGUUAGGAAAGAGCCAGGCCAAAAAGGUGGUUUGUAUUCCAGCACCAGCAUCUGCGAACAGCAGGUCUAGUGGAGAAGUAGUUCCUUCGGAUCUGUGGGCAUGGAGAAAAUAUGGGCAGAAACCCAUCAAAGGUUCCCCUUAUCCAAGGGGCUACUACAGAUGCAGCAGUUCCAAAGGCUGUUCUGCAAGGAAGCAAGUGGAGCGAAGCCGAACUAAUCCCAACAUGCUUGUUAUCACCUAUACAUCAGAGCACAAUCAUCCAUGGCCAAUUCAAAGGAAUGCUCUAGCGGGAUCAACAAGAUCUCAGCCAUCCAAAACCUCUUCUGCUUCCAAGAUAAACCCCAAUGAAGAAGAGCUUAAAGAGAGCAGCAACGAUGAACUGUCUCCCACUAAUGCAGCGGCUGUCAGCUCAACCGCAAGUGCAUCAGCUAAAGAAGAGAGCGAUGACAUGGAGAAGCAUCCGGAACCAGACGAUGCUGAAUUUGGCGAUCAAGGAAUUCCUCAAACCUAUAUACCACCAGUAUCAAUGCCAACAGACUCACAGCAAGCCGAGGAUUUCUUAGCUGAAUUGGAUGAGAUAGAGACAGACCCUCUUAACCUAUUGUUUCCACAAGGAUUCAGUGGUGCUGAUCAAGACGAGCAGAAAGAAACGAAAACAAUGGAUCCUUUUGGUCUGUUCGAUUGGCCAGGGAACAACAAUGCUUCUUUCUAAAACAAAACCCCAAAAGGGUUUAUAGCAAUACCUUGAGUUUGAAGCUAACACAGAUACAUAUAAAAGUGUUUCAGAGUUGGCUUAAUUCAGAUUCAAGGUCAUGCUAUAAAACCUGGUUUUACCAUGGAGUGUUAUUUACCUUCUGAUUCAAGGUCAUGCUAUAAAACCUGGUUUUACCAUGGAGUGUUAUUUACCUUCUGAUCUUAGCUCCAUGGUUCUUUUUUUGGGGGGGUCAUAUUUUUGUUGCUAUUUACUAGAAUAGUACGGAGACUUGGGGGGGCGGGGGAAGAGAUGUGGAGUCCCACAUUCCUUUUGGAUGGGACAGAAAGCAGAAGAACAG